GUUUCAUACACAAAUUUUAUUGGCUUCGAAACUAGUGGCGGAGCUUCCUUUUAAAUAUGUCAACCCCGCCUAAAAUUUUUUUCUUUCUAUCUUGUAUCUUCUUCUUCUCUAUUACAAUGAGCGAAUCUAACACUAUUAUCGGUAUCAACUUUGGUACUGCUUAUACUUCUAUUGGUUACAUCAACAAGGAAGGUCGCGCUGAUUGUCUUGCCAAUGAAGAAGGUGAUAGACAGAUCGCCUCUGCUCUUGCUUUCCACGGCGACGAAGAGGUUAUUGGUUCUCAAGCCAAGUCUGACAUUGCUCGUCACCCUAACCACACUAUUGCCAACUUCCGUGCUAACCUUGGAAAGAGUUUUGCUGAUGCUCAAAACUUGACUGGUUCUGCUGCUGUUGUUGUUGACAAGAACGGUGUUCCUGCUUAUGAAAUCGAAUUGCCUUCUGGUAAGUCUGUCUUCUCUGCUCAAGAAGUCUCUGCCAAGUACUUGAAGCACAUUCGUGAAUCUGCUGAAGCCUUCUUGGGUACUCAAAUCAACGGUGCUGUUAUGGCUGUUCCUUCUUACUUUACCGAAAAGCAACGCGAAGAACUUGUUGCUGCUGCUGAAGCUGCUGGUAUUAAGGUUGCUCAACUUGUUCAUGAAUCUGCUGCUGCUGCUCUUGCUUACGGUGUUGGUCAAGAAGCAUCCAAUAAGGAUCCUCAAGACAAGAUUGUCGUUGUCUGUGAUUUGGGUGGCCACUCUUUUGAUGUGACCGUAUUGGCUGUUCGCUCAGGUAUGUUCACCAUCUUGGCCACUGCUCAUGAUACCAAGGUCGGUGGUGCUUCUUUUGACGACGCAUUGAUCAAGCACUUUACUGCCGAAUUCCAAAAGAAGGCCAAGAUUGACAUCAACAGUAACAAGAAGGCUUUGGCUAAACUUCGUAACGCUGUCGAAGUCACCAAGAAGAUGUUGUCCAGUGCCAACUCUGCUCCUUGUUUUGUUGAAUCCUUGGCUGAAGGUGUUGAUUUCCAUAGCACCAUCAACCGUAUGCGUUUCGAACUCUUGUCCAAGAACGUCUUUGGUCAGCUCCAAGCUGUGAUCAACCAAGUUUUGGAAAAGUCUGAAUUGGAUGCUAGUGAAGUUGAUGAAGUCUUGCUUGCUGGUGGUUCUGCUCGUAUUCCUAAGUUUGCAGGUAAGGUUCGUGAAGUCUUUGUGAGCGAAAACACCAAGGUCUUGAACGAACUCGAAUCAGACGAAGUUGUUGCUCGUGGUUGUGCUAUUCAAGGUUCCUUGAUUGCCGGUUUUGAAAAGGAAGAUGUGGAUGCUGCUAUUCAUCCCGUCGUCACUUUGGUUCCCAACACAUCCAAGGCUAUUGGUGUUCUUAAUGCUAAGGGUGAAUUUGUUACUGUCAUUCCUCGCGGUACACCUCUUCCUGUUCGCCGUGUGUUUGAAUUCUCUAAUGCCCAAGCUAACCAAACACAUGCUUACGUUGCUUUGCAUGAAGGUGAUCACACUAUCGAAAAGACUGAAAUCAAGCAUGAGCCCGUCCCUGUUGAGGAUGAUGAAGAACCUUAUGAAGAAGAGCCUGAAAUUGUCACCAAGGUCUUCAACAAGCCUGCUGCUCAAUUGGUUGAAGCUUCUCUUCCCCUUGCCAACGGUGCUAAGGAAAAGGGUAGCAAGGUUGAAGUUCAAGUUACUAUUGAUGCUCAAGCUAACUUGACUUUGGUGUUGCGUGAAAAGAACGGUUCUAACGUUGUCAAGGUUGAAGCCAAGAAAUAAAUCCCUUCCUCUUUCCAUCUUUUUUCCCCUUUCAUCUCCCUCUUUUCCCUCUCAUAUUAUGUAAUCAUUUUAAAAUAUAGAAUGCCAUUGUGGCUUUGACUUUUUUUUA